GCCCAACCAAAACGACCAAACUAUAAAGAAAGAGUUCACUCUCACUCAUCACUUGUGUUAGAGGAGAACAGAAGGAGAGAAGAUAACAGAGGCAGAAGAGAAGUGAAGAGAUGUCAUCCACCGAAACACAGCACCAAACAUACUGGUGCCACGAAUGCGACAUGAGCCUCCACCUCCUCUCCACCACUGCUGAUCCCCUUCUUUGCCCUCACUGCCUCCGUGACCGUCUUGAACUCAUGGAUGACCCCACCCCCACUACUCCUACCGGAACCACCGACACCAACUCUUUCUUCCUCGAUAGCCCCUCCUUCCGCCGCUUCUUUCUCCCACUUUUCAACGACAUCAACCAUUCCGACGAUGAUACAAGUGGAACUCUCUCCCCCUCCAUAGACUCCAUCCUUCCCACCAUCAAAAUCACAUCUUUCCAUCUGAAGGGAAGGGAGGACGACGACCCAGUGCUUCUCUGCGCGGUAUGCAAGGACCAGUUUGUCAUCGACAUCGAUGCAAAGCUCCUCCCUUGCAAUCACUUGUUCCAUCCCGAAUGCAUUCUGCCCUGGCUUAAUUCCAACCACAGGUCAUGUCCUCUCUGUCGCUUCCAGCUACCUACACCAUCAAAGAACGAUAGAACGGUGGUUCCUACGAGCGAGUCGUCCUCUCAUUUGUCAUCUCCAUCGCACAUGGCGGAAGUGCGAGAGCCUGAGCAGUUGGUGGACUGCAUUGGAAGCUUUAAUAAUGCUGGGAUGGAAACGGGAUUUACUCAUCAGGAUACUGCUGAUUGUGCUUUCCCUGAUGUUGGGGUUUUAUCCAGCUAUCUUCCUUCACACUUUUAGGUGAUUUAACAGUAUUAUUUGAGGUUUUCGUUGGUUUUCUCAUCUUAAAACGGUUUAAUGAAGUGUAAAUCAGCACCGAGUGAUCAUGGUACUGCGAAUAACGAUUGACGGUAUGAAGGACUUGCUGGGCUUUUGUAAUCAUCCAUCAGUCUAAUGAAUUGUAAAUCAGCAGCAGAUGAACGUACAACUGCAAAUAAUAUUUUACGGUUGUGCAUUCUCCCUCCCUCUCUCUAUCUCUAAGAAUAUUGUGUAAGCCAAUAUCUACUUUUGGGACUGGAUUUUGACUAAUAAAUAGAAAGGUCAGUUGCAACUCUGGCUUCUAAUUGCAA